CAAACAUUCCGGACGCGAAAGUAGUCGUUGAUACUCGCGAGUGACACACCGAGUGUUUAGUUUUUAAGGUGGAUUUUUUUUCAUUUUAGUUUGUGUUAACGCAUCUUUUAUGGUGUUUUGGUGAAGAUUUUCGUAGUGGAUUUACUAUUGGUUUUUUCAUUAAAGCCACAUUGGAAAUUUAAGAUGUCUCUAAUACUGCGUGCCAUUCCCUUUUUCACCUUUCUACUGAUGCCAACAGCGCCUCUACCUCAAGGCGCUCCCUCUUCCGUAUGUGAGACGAUGUUACCGUUUCAUGGAGGUGGCAUUCCUCCUCAAGGUGGUAUAGCCCCAUACACAAUCAUUCCUAGAAGGCAAGGUAAUAAUGUGUUGGUCACCAUCACCUCCACCUUGGGGAUACCGUUCCAGGGCUUUUUGAUACAAGGAAGGACACCCGAAAGGGAAAUUCUUGGUGAGUUUGACUCUGCAUCAGUCAACGAAGGACAUCCAUUGGAUUGUGGUUCCCCUUCGGAUUCGAUAACACAUAAUGCUCCAAAAAAUAAGGGAAGCAUUGAGGUAUUAUGGACACCUCCUCGUGGAUAUGAAGGCCCAGUGAUUUUCAACGCAACUAUUGCUCAAGCCUACGACACCUUUUAUGUAGGAGUAGAAUCUAAUCCUGUAGAAUUAACAAAAAGAGGAGCGAAUGACCCACAGAUCGCCUUCCCCACGCAGCAAAAUCAACCCACUCCUCCCAACUACUUGCCUACCCAACCAAAAGAAAAUUCUGCGGAAUUUGAUCCAUUUUACGAUGGUUGCACUGUGAAUAAAUUGUGUUUUGGAUCACCUGCCAGUUGUGUUAAUUCUAGAAAUUGUAAAGCGGUGGUGGCAGUGUCCGUCUCAGGCGACAAAUACGACUUUGAAAUGAAAGCUGACAGCAGCGCUUCUUGGGUAGGUGUCGGCCUCUCAGAUGAUGACAAAAUGGGUGACGAUUCUGUCGUAGAAUGUAUCAAGAAAAACAAUGGAGUUGCUGCUUACAUGUCUUACACUAGUGGCUCGCCGAAUUACGGAGCCUCACGGCUGCCAAAUUCUCAAUUAGGCAUUCAACUGAUUAAUAGCAGUGUGAUAGAUGGGACAAUUUAUUGUAAAGUCAGAAGGGAUGUUUUGACAUCAGUCAAUGGACGAACUUUUGAUUUGGUUGGAAUAAAAUAUAAUUUAUUAAUAGCUGCUGGAUCAAGCUUAAGACCAAAUUCUGUGGCGUUCCACGAUGUUGCAUAUCUCGCAAGCGCAGAACCGCAAGCCUUGUCAGACGUGUCAAGCAUAGCUGCCAAAUCUAAAUUGUUAAUUAGGUUGCACGGCUGUUUUAUGAUUGCCGCAUGGUUAGGUACAGCUUCCGUAGGCAUCUUAUUGGCAAGAUAUUAUAGACAGACCUGGGUCGGCAAGCAGAUGUUGGGAAAAGAUAUGUGGUUUGCCUGGCAUAGAACCUUCAUGGUUCUUACUUGGCUCCUCACCAUAGCAGCGUUCGUCCUAAUUUUCAUCGAAUUAAAAGCUUGGAGUGGCGAAAACAAUCCGCAUGCAAUAUUGGGAACCGUAACCACCAUUUUGUGUUUUAUCCAACCAAUCGGAGCAUACUUCAGACCCCACCCCGGUACAGCUAAAAGACCACUUUUUAAUUGGCUGCAUUGGAGUAUUGGCAACGCCGCACACAUUGUGGCCAUUGUCACAUUGUUCUUUGCUGUUCGACUAACAAAAGCGGAGUUGCCGGAUUUCGUUGACUGGAUUUUAGUUGUUUACGUGGUGGUCCAUGUGGUUUGGCAUUUAUGUUUAUCGUUUAUGAACUGUAUAGCAGAACGAUCAUCAGAACGAAGAGUAUCCUCAUUUCCUAUGAAAGACUUAGGUGGGUCUGGAAGAAGCUCUGCUUUUGCUGAUAGGAGCAGUGAUACACCGUAUACCUCAUUUAGAAAAGUCAUGCUAGCGAUUUACAUACUGAUAGUACUAGCCAUAGUGAUAGCUCUAAUAGUGAUCACCGCAUUGGCACCCAUCGAGGACACUUGGACCAGUUUUAAGACCAACGUCAUAAAUAAGAAUUAGCCUCAUGAUAUGACAAGGAUUCUUCUGCCAAAUAAUUACUGCCAAAAGGGUGCAAAUAUAAAUAAUUUUUUUAAUUUUUACUGAAGUUUGGAUUUCUUAAUAGGACUUGCGUCAUGGCAGCUGGAAAUUGUAAUAAUUUAUAUGUGUGUAGUGUAUUGGAGCCAUUUUAUUGUAAAUAUUAAUAUAAUUAACCCCAUAUUGUCAACCUCCUUAAUAUCCACUUUUUCCCACUCCUAUUUUAGUGUAUAAUAUUGUUCGUAGAAUUUUUAUGUAAAUAAAUAAUUAACUACUUAAACUUAUUUUGUUUAAGAAGUUAAUUUGAGUAGCUAA